CUGGCCAGAGACCCCUCGUUGCGGCCGCCGGGCGGCUGCUGGCUGGAGGAGACGCGCCCGAAGCCCUCGGGGCGCUUUCUUUCUUUCUUUCUUUCUUUCUUUCUUUCUUUCUUUCUUUCUUUCUUUCUUUCUUUCUUUCUUUCUUUCUUUCUUUCUUUCUUUCUUUCUUUCUUUCUUUCUUUCUUUCUUUCUUCUCUUCUCUUCUCUUCUCUUCUCUUCUCUUCUCUUCUCUUCUCUUCUCUUCUCUUCUCUUCUCUUCUCCCCCUCGCCCUCCCGUUCUCCGCCUUCCCUCCUUGCUGAGCCACUUGCUUCCCACCCCCGCCCCCCUUCCUCUGCCCCCCAUCCUUCUCUUGCCCGUUCCGGCCGCUCGAGUCCGCCGUCCUCCUCGCCUCGCCUCCCGAGCCCCAGGCAGUUCGCCCUCCACGGAGCUUCUUUGCGCCUCUUCUUCGCCACUGCCCGGACCCCGAUCUGGGAUUUCUGUUUACCCCCUAGAAGGCGGCGGCGGCGGAGCAGGGCGGCGGAGCGGCGCUUUGGGCGCAGCCUUUGCUUUUGGAAGCAGGAUUUGAAUCCGCUGCCUUGCCACCCGCGAUGCCGUCUGGGUUCCAGCCGAUACGCGGAGAGGAGACUAACACGGCUAACUCCUCUGGAUCAAAGGACUCACAGUUGCCGUUCCAACAACCCUUUCAGGAGGGACUGGAGGAUGCUGGGAGCAGAAUAACCCCCACCUUGAUCUUGUCAGUGCUCACAGCAGUCUUGGGAUCCUUGCAGUUUGGAUACAACAUUGGUGUCAUCAAUGCCCCACAAACGAUAAUUGAACAGAGCUACAAUGCCACCUGGAUGGAGCGCCAGGGCAAGGAGGAACCGAUGCCCAUUGACCCGGGCACCCUCACCACCCUCUGGUCCCUGUCCGUCGCCAUCUUCUCUAUUGGGGGCAUGAUCUCCUCCUUUAUGGUGGGCAUUGUCUCUGAAUGGCUUGGCCGGAAGAGGGCGAUGAUUGUGAAUAACGGCCUGGCCUUUGUCGGUGGCGCUCUUAUGGGCCUGGCAGAAGUGGGGAAGUCGUACGAGAUGAUGAUCCUUGGGCGCUUCUUCAUCGGGGCAUUCUCAGGUUUCGCUUCCGGUCUUGUCCCCAUGUAUGUGGGAGAAAUCUCCCCCACCAACCUGCGGGGGGCGCUGGGCACCCUGCACCAGCUGGCCAUCGUCACUGGCAUCCUUAUUGCCCAGGUGUUUGGCCUGCAGUCCAUCCUGGGCACUGAGACCUUGUGGCCCCUCCUGAUGGGCCUGACGGUGGUGCCCUCCGCCCUCCAGCUCCUGCUCUUCCCCUUCUGCCCGGAGAGCCCCCGGUACCUCUACAUCAUCCGCAACAAGGAGUCUAAGGCCAAAGAAAGUCUGAAGCGUCUGACAGGCUGUGCGGAUGUGAGUGCCGCACUGACUGAGAUGAAGGAAGAGAAGCGGCGCAUGGACCUGGAGCGCAAAGUCUCCAUUCUGGAGCUCUUCCGCUCCCGCCUGUACCGCCAGCCCCUGCUGAUUGCCGUGGUGCUGCAGCUGUCUCAGCAGCUGUCUGGCAUUAAUGCGAUAUUCUACUACUCAACGGCCAUCUUCUCAAAGGCUGGGGUGGAGACCCCCGUCUACGCCACCAUUGGAGCUGGGGCGAUCAACACUGCUUUCACUGUCAUUUCGCUGUUCUUGGUGGAGCGGGCAGGGAGACGCACCUUACACAUGCUGGGCUUGGCUGGGAUGUUCGUGUGUGCUGUACUGAUGACUCUGGCCCUGGCCUUGCUGGAGAAAGUGCCAUCCAUCAGCUACCUCAGCAUGGUGGCCAUUUUUGGCUUUGUGGCAUUCUUUGAGAUUGGGCCAGGGCCCAUCCCGUGGUUCAUCGUGGCAGAGCUGUUCAGCCAGGGGCCCCGCCCCGCUGCUAUGGCCGUGGCUGGCUUUGCCAACUGGACUUGCAACUUCAUCAUCGGCAUGAGUUUUCAGUCGAUCGCUGACCAGUGCGGCCCCUAUGUCUUCCUCAUCUUUGCAGUCCUCCUCUUGGUGUUCUUGGUUUUCACCUAUCUCAAGGUACCCGAGACACGAGGGCGCACCUUCGAUCAGAUAGCCGCCACAUUCCGACGCACCCCAUCCUUGCUGGACCGCGAGAUCAAGCCAUACACAGAGCUGGAUGAACUCAGCCCAGAGGCCCACGAAUGAGCCACAGCAGUGUGGCCACCAAAGGACAGAGAAAGGAAAGUGCGGUCUGGGGAGCCGGGGUGGAGCCGUCGAGCACUUUAUAUCACACCACAAGACUUAGAGUCUGACUCACAGGCAGAGCUGAACUUCUCUUGCUUUAGGUCAUUUUUUAGACUUGAUGCAUUUUAAUUUCUUGGAUUUUUUAAAAAAAGAAAAUAAUUUAAUAAAACAGGGCUGCCAAGUUU